UUUUUUUUUAUUUAUAUUACAGGCAUAAAUGAAUACUUUAUAUAACAAUUAGCUUAUUCAAGUUUAAAAAAAAAAUACAGUAAUGAUAUACAAUUCUAAUAUGGUAUUAUAUUGCUUCUUAAAACCAUGGUAAUAAAAAGUAUGCAACAGUGGAUAGAAACUACCACUUCACUAAUUUAUACUCCUUUUACUAAUAAACACCGACAAAUUUUAGAUUACUUUUCUGUUUGGAAUAAUAGUUUUCUUUUCUAUUAUUGAGCUUUAUUCUACUCUCAUUCAUGUCUUCAUCUGAACAACAGUUUGAAAUAUGGCUUAAUAAUAAUAAUAACAUUCAACAAGUUGAACGAAAUUCUGAUGAUAUUCGUCCUUUAAGGGCGAGUCGCUCCGCGAAUACAAUCUCCUCUUCACGAUAUCAUUUUAAAACACAUUCAACAAAAGCAACAGUAUGUAAGAUAAAUAGACCAAACCAGAUGACAUCUUUAAAGAUGCCGUUACAUGACUCAACCAGUUCAGAAGUAAAUCACCUUAUGCCUUCAUAUAUGGACAUCUUAAACUCCUCCGGACAAGAUUGGUUAGAUGCUUAUAAUUAUUCGGAAAUUCAUGACUCUACUGGUCAAGAAACAGAAUAUAUUAAAAAGGAAAGACCCAAGCAAGAUCAGAGUGUACAUCACCAACUAGAAAAGGACAUGAUUGAAAGAUCCCAUCGUCGUACUUUUCAUCCUGCUCAACCGAAAGAAAAAGUAGUUGUAACACUUAGAAAGGCAAAAUCAAUGCGAGAUCAUUCAGCACGAUCUAAAUCUCGAUCAUUUUCACUUUCCUCUCAAAGCAAAGAUCAGUUUCAAAUGCCAUCGCCCCAGUUACCAGAAAAGAAACCAUGCAUACCACUUGUGAAUAAAAUUAAACGCAAAUUAACUUUAACCAAGGAAAAAAACACGUUGCGAGCACCUGAAGAGCAACCAGCAGGUUUGCCCAUUCAUUACGAGCCAAGAAAGACCGUUUCUUCAAGUAUGAUUAAUCAGCGUCAACAUCAGGAGAAACCCUUAUUGCUAAAUACCAUUCAUAAUGGGCUAUCUGAAUACCAGGGUUAUACCCCUCAAAGCCGUCAUCGCUCUUUUACUUAUUCUCCUCCUCCGCCUCGAACUAGCAGUUUAAAGACAAUAGAGACAUCUGAUAUACCUCCUGUACCUCCUGUACCAAAGUACCAUAAAUUAGCAUCAAGAAGUAGUUCACUUCGGAAAAAGGAGAAUAAUAUACCAUCAUCAACACUAAUUCAAAGACAUAUGAAUAAUACAAGUGAUUUCGCAAAUACCAAUAACUUUAAUAACAAAAAUAGCUCUAUCGAUAAAAGUCAUAACAAUGUCCGGUUCGUACAAGAAGAAGAAGAAGAAGAAAAAGAAAAAGAAGAAGAAGUAGUAGUAGUAGUAGCAGAUCCUCUACUAAAAAUGAAGGAAGAAUUUUCGUACCUUUCUACUACUACUACUGCUUCACUUGCAACAUUGAAUUAUGCAAAGAGUUUAAGUUAUGAUUUUGCUCAAAUUGAAGAGGAUAUAAAAGCAUUAGAAAUUCAAAGAAAAGCUCAUCCUUCUUACACAAAUAAUUUAAAAUUACCAGAGAAACAACAACAGAUCCGGAAAGAGCAAUCAUUAUCACUCUUGCCGUCACUAUCGUCAUCAGAAAACAAAUCUAUUCUUAGGCGUAAACGAGGAAAGGUAUAAAUAAAUAAAAGUUUAUCUUUUUUUUUUUUGAAUAACUGAUCUUUAUUCUAUUCAGACUUUACCUGGAAGUUUGACAACUCCACCACCUAUACCAGCAUUACCGUUACCACCUAUGAAGUUGAAUCCUAUCCAGCUUAAAAUUUCUAUAAAUCCACAAAAGGAUCCUUUUCCAAACAGCGUGAUAAUUCCUGGACAAAGUGUAUCUACAUCAACUCCUAAUGACACAUCAAAGAUGAAAAUGCCUUCACUAGCACCCUCUUUAGAUAUUUAUGCUAACAGGUCGAUGAAACAAAAGACAUAUACAUCAGUUUUACCUAAUGAUACGAGUUUAACUGGAGUAGGGCUCGAGACAUUAAUGCCAAAUCAACAAAAAUCAUCAGCCAUGUAUGUUAACAAUCAUCAAAUCCC